AUGGCCUCCCAAUCGAAGCUGCUCCUCUCCCACGUCUCCACCCCGGGCCAGCGCGAGCGCACCAUCCGCUCCAUCAUCUCCCACCUGACCCACCUCUACCUGUCCAACCGCACGCGCAUCUCCCGCGCCGUCUACCUGACCCUCUUCGUCGCCCUCAUCAACCGCGUCCGCAACGCCAUCGCCGAGCAGAAGGCCGCCUCCGCCCGCGACGCCGCCAAGCGCGCCGAGCGCAGCGGGACCACCGGCCGCGUCGACGAUGCCGCCGACGGGGAUGGCACCACCAAGAAGAAGCGCAAGGUCGAGCUCGACCGCGAGUUCUUCCGCUCGCUGCUGCGCCUGAUGCGCAUCGUCGUGCCCGGCUGGCGCAGCAAGGAGACCCGCCUGCUCAUCAGCCACAGCUUCUUCCUCGUCGUCCGCACCCUCAUCAGCCUCAAGGUCGCCGCCAUGGACGGCGCCAUCGUCAAGGCCCUGGUCAAGGGAAACGGGAAGGAGUUCCUCAUGAGGAUCGUCUGGUGGAUGUUGAUCGCUGUGCCGGCCACGUUCACAAACUCCAUGUUGUCGUGGCACCAGGCGGAGCUGUCGCUGAAGUACAGGACGAGACUGACCCAGCACAUUCACGACAAAUACCUGUCGAAACUGACAUUUUACGGUAUAUCGGCGCUGGAUGACAGGAUAAAGAACCCAGACCAACUGAUAGCUGUUGAUGUCGCGAAGUUCUCAAAUAGUCUGGCAGAGCUGUACAGCAACCUGGCCAAGCCAAUAUUGGACAUGACGAUAUAUACCUGGUCGCUGUCAAGCAGCGUAGGCGGCGAAGGCGUAAUGUUCAUGUCAUUACUAGUUCAGCUGUCCGCCAACAUGAUGCGGGCGCUGACACCUCCGUUCGGCAAAUAUGUCGCCGACGAAGCGAGGUUGGAGGGCGAGUUCCGAUUCCAACAUUCGAGGUUGAUAGACCACAGCGAAGAAGUAGCACUGUAUGCAGGCCACGAAGUCGAAAAGGACACUCUCGACAAGGGCUAUUUCACACUCAUCAAGCACGUCAACUACAUUCUACGACGGCGAUUCUACCACGGGUUCAUGGAAGACUUUGUCAUCAAAUAUUUCUGGGGCGCACUGGGCCUGGUUCUCUGCAGUGUACCAGUGUUCGUCAAAAUACCAGGCGCGGUAACACAGAACAUGGGUGACAGGACCGAAACGUUCGUGACGAACCGACGGAUGCUGCUCUCUGCUUCUGACGCCUUUGGGCGGAUCAUGUUCUCGUACAGAGAGAUCAUGGAACUCGCAGGAUACACUUCACGAGUAGCCUCACUGCUGGAGGUCAUGGAUGACAUCCAGGCCGGUCAUUUCGAGAAGAAGCUGGUUUCUAGUGCCGGCACCGAGGACAACGAGGCUGUACUCAGGGGGCGAGGAAAGGUCGUGGAGAGCAAGGACAUCCAAUUCAUUGACGUACCCAUAAUCUCUCCCAACGGCGACGUCCUCGUCAAAGCCCUCUCCUUCUCCCUCAAACAAGGCGACCACCUGCUGGUCGUUGGUCCCAACGGCUGCGGCAAGUCCUCGCUCUUCCGAAUUCUCGGCGGCCUGUGGCCCGUCUACGGUGGGACAGUAUAUAAGCCACCCUUCUCGGACAUCUUCUAUAUCCCACAGCGGCCGUACCUGUCACGCGGGUCGCUGCGUCAGCAAAUCACAUACCCGGACGGGCUGCGCACGAUGCGGGCCAAGGGCGUGACAGACAGCGACCUGCUGGGUAUCCUCAAGCUCCUCAGCCUCGAGAGCCUGGUGACGCUGUACCCCGAGGGCUGGGACGCCGAGGCCGAGUGGCGCGACGUGCUCUCGGGCGGCCUACAGCAGCGCGUCGCCAUGGCACGGCUCUUCUACCACCGGCCGCGCUACGCCAUCCUGGACGAGUGCACGUCGUCGGUGACGCUCGAGACGGAGAAGGUCAUGUACGACAACGCGAAGGCCCUCGGCAUCACGCUCAUGACCGUCAGCCACCGCCGCUCGCUGUGGAAGUACCACAGCCAUAUCCUGCAGUUCGACGGGCAGGGCAACUUCGUCUUCACCCGCCUCGACGCCGACCGCCGCAUGAGGCUCGAGGACGAGAGGGAGGACCUCGAGGUCCUGCUGAGGCAGGUGCCCGAGCUGGAGAGGCGCGUGGCCGAGCUGACCUCUUCUUGA